AUGGCAAUAUCAUUUGAUAAAAUUAUUGCUCAACCAACUUAUCAAGGUUUUUAUUAUGUUGAUGCAUUUUUCGUAAUUAGAUUAGUUCCAGUUGCAAUAUUAGCUGUUCUAUUAAGUGAUAUCGUUUAUGAUUAUUUAGAUAAAAGUUCACCAUACUAUAUGAAUAUGACCAAUGAUUUAUAUUGUAAAGAUUGGGCUGCAUCUGGUAUUGUAACAAUUGGUAAAUUCUUUUUUGGUAUAUUUAUUGGUAGUAUGAUAAUAAUGUGCCAGAAAGGUUAUGGUGGAAUGUUUGCUGAACUUUUAAAUUCAAGAAUUGCAAUACAUUGUGGUAAAUUAUCAUUUACAAUGUAUAUGACAUCAUCAAUAUGGAUAACAUUAUUUUAUUCAUUAAAAUCAUAUGGAAAUCAUUUUGAUGAAAUUGAAACGAUAUUAGGAACAUAUAUUGAUUAUGAAGUUGAUGAUGAAUUAGAUUCCAAAAAUUAUGUAAUUGGUAUUGUACAAAUUGGUGCAAAAAUUGAAAAUAAUAAUACAAAAUGUGGUGAAGAAUUAAAUCAAUUAUUAAAUGGAAUAAAUAAUAGAGAAUUUUGGGCAUUAAAAUUAAUUAAUUCAUUUGGUAUAAUACCAAAAUCAAUACAAUGGGGUAAUUAUUAUUGGUUUCCAUCAAGAGAAAUAUGCGAUGAUUUAAAUGAACCAUAUAAAAUUUCAUUAUCAUCUGGAUUACCAGCCUUAAUGAAUGUUACAUCACCAAUUAAAAUGAAAUUUUCAAUGUUAUAUUACAAUUUUACAACACCAUAUUAUGUUGACCUUAACUUAGCCUUUGAGCAAACAAUUCACGUGGGUGUCUGUUUACCGGUUUCAUGUUCUAUGAAAAAAAUCAAUCAAUUCUCGACAGCAUAUUUUAGUAGGCAAACAUUUCAACCACAAAAGGAUUUGAAUUUAAAGAUGAAUUUCCUUGCCAGUAAAACACCAUCACUCAAAUGGAAAUUUGUAUUAAAUAUUGGUGUUAUUAUAUUUUUGACUCUUUUGUCAACUGUUUUAAUUUUUGGAUUUUUAGCAGAAAUUGUAUUAAGAAUGCGUGAAAAAAGAGCUCAAUUAAUGAAAAAUAAUUGUGAUGAUCAUUUAGUACAAGAAAAAUCAUCAUUUGAAGAUUUUCUAUUAUGCUUUGAUCUUCGGGAUAAUUUUAAUCGAGCAUUAAAAUUAGAUGAUUCAAAACAUUUUAUUUCAGUAAUAGCUGGUUUACGAACAAUUGUUUGUUUAUGGGUUACAUUAUUUCAUGUUUAUUAUUAUUCAUUAUUUGCAAUUAGUAAUGUACCACAAUUAUUUUCAAAAUUAGAAAAUUUUAAUUUACAACCCGUUAUACAAUCAUGUUUUUAUGUUGAUGUUUUUUUUGUAAUAAGCGGCUUCUUGUUGGUUAAUAAUUUCCUUUCGAAUUCAUUUUAUACAAAUUUGGUAAAGAAUAAUUCAUUUUGGCAAAAUGUUAAAUUUUUCUUAAAACUUGUUUUAAAUCGCUACCUAAGAUUAAUGCCAAUGAUUAUAUUGGCCAUGGUUUUUGCUGAAAUAUUCUUCGAACUUUUAGAUGUUUUUUCACCAUUUCGAAUGGAUCCUAAUAUUGGAAUUAAUUGUAGAGAAACUUGGUGGUAUAACAUUUUGCUGAUCAAUAAUUUCAUGGAUUUAAAAUAUAUUUGUACGUCAUGGAGUUGGUAUUUGGGUUGUGAAAUGCAAUUUUUCAUAUUUUUCCAAAUAAUUAUAUUCGUGUACAUUAAACAUGAAAAACUUGGAAAAAGUAUUUUUGCAAUAAGUGCAAUUUCAUUGGUUUUAAUAAGUUUCUGGUGUAAUUUUUAUAAUGGAAUCACAUUUCAAAUUGAUGUUUCAAAUUCAACGCUAGAGGCAUUAUAUGUAAAACCAUGGGUACGAGUUAAUCCAUAUUUUGGAGGUGCUUUAAUGGGUUGGGCCCUGUAUAAAACUAAUAAUAAAGGUGGUGCUAAAAUUAGUUUUCCAACAUUAACAGUAUUUUGGUUAACAGCUGUUGUCAUUUAUUUAAUAACAAUAUUUAUGACAUAUUUUCGAAAUACACCAUCAAUUAUUGUUGCAAUAAUAAUGUCAUUUGGUAAAAUGAUAUUUGGUAUUUUUAUUGGUACAAUAAUUUAUUUAUGUCAACAAGGUUAUGGCGGAAUAUUUAAUAAUAUGAUGAGCUCAAAAAUAUUUUUAUUUAUGAAUAAAUUCUGUUAUAGCAUUUAUAUGAUUGCACCAUUAUUAAUAUAUGGUGUUUUUGGAACACGAACUGAAGCAACAUUAUUUAGUGAAAUGGGUUCAUUUACUGAUCUAUUAGGUAUUAAUGUAUUAUCAAUUGCAGCAUCAUUUAUAGCUGUAGUAUUAUGGGAAACACCAUUUAUGAAAAUAUCAAAUAGAUUUGUAUUACCGAGAAGAAAAUAAAAUAUAUUAUAUAAAAUAAAAUAGUAUAUAAUAUGUACCUAGUUUUAUAUUAGAUAUUAUAUAAGAAUAUUAAAUAUUUUUUUUAAAUGGUAUUAUUUUGUA